AUUCCACGACGGUGACGGUACAGAACGUGGUUGUUGCGAGCCAAAGCUUCGGCGUGAGCGGCGAAAUGCCUCAUUACGCCGCUGUAGCCGAAGCCGCAGCUCGCAACGGUUACGCAACUGCUCCAUUCCAAGGAGGAUACUCCGCGCCAGCUCAGGCCGCCCCUCAGUACGCCCCUGCCAACCAUCACGUGCAAUCCAACAGCGGUUUCCAACCCGUCGACACCGUGGAAGUGCAGCAAGCCAGAGCCGCCCACUUCGCCGCCGUCGCCGAUGCUGAAGCCCGCGAGAACAAGUACUCAGCUCCAUCUUACGGACAACAAUACCAACAUCAACAACACGUUCCAUCUUACGUACCGCAACAACAAUCUUACGUUCCUCAACAACAACAAUCUUACGUUCCUCAACAACAAUCUUACUACGGACAUCAGCAACAACAACAACAGCAACCUUCUUACCAGAACGGUCUUCAUAUUCCCGUCAUCUCCAACGGUGUCCCAGUUGAAACUCCGGAAGUCCAGCAGGCUAAGGCCGCCCAUUUGGACGCGUACGCCAAGGCUUCCGCCCAAUCCCAAACUCACUCUCACUAUUGA